AUGUGGAGUCUUGCCGAGGACCGGGCAUUUCAGUAUGCACUUAUACUGCUUCCCGCCGGAACGCCGUUCCGGUGGGAGGCGAUGGCCGCCUACAUACCCGGUAAGUCGCCGAUGGAGGUGGAGAAACACUACGAUGCAGUGUUUCACAGCUGGAGCGACCCCGAAGCGGGUCCAGUCCUUCAGUCGGGGUCGUCGGUGCCGCCGCCCGCUCAGAUUCCGUUGGAGACUAAGGCGAAGCGUGGCGAUGGUAAGCCCGGGAAAAGGACUUCCUGGACCGAAGAUGAACACAGGUUAUUCUUGUAUGGGCUGGAGAAAUUCGGGAAGGGAAAAUGGAAGCAAAUAGCAAAUGAAGUGGUGUUGACAAAAUCCCCAGCCCAGGUGGCCAGCCAUGCCCAGAAAUUCUUCCUCCGCCACAGCCCUGCGAAUCAGCUCAAGGGAACCAAGAGGUCAAGCAUCAACGAUGUCACCAACCCCUUUCCCUCCAACGAUCCAUGA